AUGGCGGUCUCACUGACAAGGCCCAUCGCCCAAACAUCCCUCUCGCCCCUCCACAACUCCCUCUUCGUCUUUCGUGCGGGGUUGCGACCAGCAGCACUUACCACUCCACUACCUCCCCACUCCAUCAGACCGGCAGCCACUGAUGCCGCUUCCGCAGCUCGCCGCCGCGCCGUCACCGUCGUCAACGACACCGGCCGCGUGCCAUGGCAGGAGCUCAGCACGGGAGAGAAGGCGGCUCGAACAACGCAGCAGACCUUCAACCUUGGAAUCCUGCUGGUAGGCAUCCUUGGUACCGGGGGCGUGGCGACGGUGCUGUGGCUCGAAGUCUUCUCUUCCGACAGCAAGACCGCCGUCUUCAAUCGUGCUGCCGAUCGAGUACGUGGUGAUCCGAAGUGCAGGGAGUUGCUGGCUGGUGAGGGGCUGCAUAGUAAGCGGGACAUCAAGGCCUACGGGGAGCCGUCGUGGAGUCGAUGGGCGAGGAACCGGACGAUAGCGUCAAGAGUAGAGACGGACAAGAUGGGGACGGAGCAUUUGCACAUGCACUUUUACGUGGAAGGUGAACAGGCAAAGGGCACGGUGACACUGCACAUGAUUCGGCCUUCGGGCGAGAAAGAGUUUGAAUACUGGAUGCUGGCGCUCGAUGUGCCGGGCAAGCAGCGGUACUACCUGGAAGACAGGUCGUCCAAGGGGGAUCAGAGGAAGCACGGGAGGAUGUUUGGGGUGCGGUGGAAUUGA